UGUAUGUGCGUGUGCCUGCCUCCUGAGUGUGUGAGACGAGCUGGGAUCAUGAGCCAGGGUUGUUACAAGUGGUUUUAAUCAGCAGUCCAUUAGAGGAGAACGGAAAACUUCAAACAGAUUAAGAACCAAGUUGUUCCAGUAGCCCCGUGGGAAGGUGCUCCCCAAGCCUCUGCUCCUCUGGAACCCGUGACUUCUUGCCUGACACCAGGAAAACAGCAGCAGAAAUGGGAAAACUCAUGCUAGUUUUGGGUAAAGUGUACCUUUAACUUUUUUUACUGUGGCAAGACGUGGCUACUUGGACUGCAUCUGGAAUGUGGCAAAGGUUGAAGUGAGGACGGCAAAGAGGCCAUGGUUUGUGGGCAAGUCCCCAGGUGCCGCAGGCUUUGUCGCCCUCGUCCCUUUCUUCUGGCCACAGUGGUGGCCAUCUGUCUGUUCUGCCAGACCCUGACUCCUCUCAUGACCAGCAGCAUCCUUUCAGCAGUUGUUAAUGGAAUUACAUCCAACAAACUGACCAAAACACAGCAAGGAAGGUACAAGGAGGUCUCUCCAAGCACCACUAACUGCUUUCUCCCUGGCAGUAACUCACAGACACUGAAAAAGAUCGAUGAUUCCAUUCUCCAAUACUUUGGAAGCCACAUGAGAAGAGCAGUUUUAUAUGCACCUCCUGCCCACCGUGAGACCGACCGUCAGCUCUGUCAGCGCAUCCUGGAAAAACACAGAUAUACAGUCACAGUCCUUGAAAACAGGAGACUAGUGGAAAACCCCAGGCAUGAGGGCCCUUAUCACAGUGGUAUAAACCCUUGGGAUCUUUUGAUCUGCUUAUCUUCCAGAAAAAAUGCUGGUACUGGCUGCAUUCAAACAGAAGACUUUCAUAAUCUAGAGUUGUUCCAGAAGGUAAACCUACUUCCAGAAAUCCAGCAUUUCCUUUGCAGAAAAGAGGGAUUAUGCCAGAUAACAAAAGCCUUUUCAGACCUGCAACUCCCAGUAGUCACCCCAGAGUGUUCUGGCCAGCCUGGACCAUCAAGGGCCAGCACCACAAGCAAUGUGUCCCAGGGCAGCAAAAGCACUGACAAGACACGUACCUCUCAUCUGCAGCACCAGUGGAAGCAGCACAUGAGUGCAGAGAUGAAUCAAGUAUCGGCUUCAUCAGAGCACAAGGACAUCCUUAAAGCUCAAGACCUUUCUGUCAUCAUCAAAGCAUAUGUGCUUGUGACAUCCUUAACACCUCUGCGGGCAUUCAUUCAUUCAACCACCAGUGUCUGGCAUCCACCCAAGAAGAAGCAUUUUACCAUAAAGCUGCAAAGAUUUUUUGACAUAUUCUUCAAAAACAGUUCUCCCCAGCAAGCCUUGAACAACAUGAAGGAGGCUAUAAGCAAACUUCUACUUAUAACUGAGGUCUUCAGUGAAUCAUCUGCCUCAGGACCAAAUUCUUUCAACCAAUGCAGCCAGUGUUUUCAAAUGCUAACCUUUGACAUUGGAUUCGGCAUGUCAAUAUACCCAGUAGUUCUUGAGGUGCAUGAAAACUUUGACUUUCAAGAUGAGGACGAAUCAACUAUUCAGGACCAAACUUUCAAAGAACUUAUUUUUGAAGAUACUUUUAAAUUUCUCUUAUCUAAUGCAUCCUCAACAUCCAUUUUCAUUGAAGCCUUGCAAAAAAUAUAUGGAUCAACUGUGAGCAAGGACGGAAAGUACCACAGAGAAGAUGAGCAAUGUUUCUCUUUAAAAGAGAUAAAUUCAAUGAUUACUUUCAUAAAGGAGCUGAAGAGUCUUGGACAGUUUGAGCUGCUUUUCCCUUCUGCUGCACCCAAGAUUCAAACGUUACUGCGCGACCUUUAUCGCAUGGUAGACCCAAUGAGGCGGCUUGGUUCAGUCCUGACUAUGCAUUGGCUGCUUUCCAGUUUACUUGAACAAUUCCAGUUCAUGACUAAAGAGGCACAUACAAAUAUUUCAGAAUGGCUAUCUUCUCAAGGAAAUAGGAGUCCUAAGCAGAAUGUUCCUUCUGACUCCAAGAAGAGUCAUAAAGCAUUGCAUUAUUCAAGUAAGACUGAAGAAAGGCAAUGCAGUCAUGAUAAAGAUACCCUAUCUCAUAUCAGGCAGAUCUUCACCAGUCCACAGCUGGACUUGAAUCCUCAGUUUAACCCAAAGAUCAAAGAAUACUAUGCAGAAGUCCCAUUCGACAUGGUGACAGUGAAGAUAGGAGCAGAACCCUCUAACUGUCAAUGCCAAGUACACCUUGACGACAAGAAAGGACCAAGCAGUGCUAACUACCCCCUUGGCCUUGGAUUGAACAAAGUCAUCAUUCUCGUAACAGAUGAUUCGCAGCCCAGCCCUCCGGUUGUGAGCAGCUACAAAGUAACAAUUUAUCGAGAGGACCGUCCCAGUCUGCCUUUGUUUGAUGACUACAUGAUGUGUGGGUUUGUGCAGGACUGUGGUUCCAAAAUUCACCCAGAGGAGUCCUGUGGCUUGCAGCCUCUGUCUCAUGAAUACCUCUCAGCAAUUUCACAGACAGUGUUUAAGACCUGUGAAGCUGGAGACACAAAAGGGCAGUGGAUUGUUCCUUGCCUCAGCUGCUCUGACAACAGGACCUGUGACUGGAGAGAAAUAACGUGGCAGCCCCAUGGCUGCCAAUACUCUGUGCUAGCCAAACCCGAGCUCCAGCGCUGUGUGGAGGGCAGAAGGAUUCUUUUUAUAGGUGACUCAACUAACAGAGGGAUGAUGUACUAUCUAAUAGAAAGAGUGAAUAAGACUCUUCAGGAAUGGCAAAAGACUCAUGAUGUUAAAUGUUAUCAUAAUAUCAAUGAGGGGAAAACAUUUAUCAGUUACUCCUACUACCCCCAGUUCUGGAUGAAUGCAAACCAGAGACGGAGUUUUGAAAAAGCACUGGAACAGCUGCUGCAGAGGUCACGUCCCCUGGAGAACACAGACCAGACUGUAUUAAUUGUAGGUGGUGUUCAGUGGCUUAAUUCCAAUCACCUGCAAAUUAUCCAAAAGGUGUUGAGCAGGGAAAAUCUAUCAAAUAUCCUGGUAAUUAUCAAAUCCAUAGGCAUGGGCUUUCACCUCCCGGUGGAUGGAAUACAUUCUCUAUCACAAGCACAAAUACAAAACCUGUGGAAUGAAAACUUGAUUAUUCUGGAUACAGCAAAAAAUUUGGGCUACGAAGUGGUUGACACCUUUGUCAUCACCAUGGGACGUUACAAGGAAUUCCUGCAAGGGAAGUGUGGUUGCCAUUUCCAUGAGGUGGUGAAAUCCAAUCCCUCUGAAGAACAGCCACACAUAACAAUGACGUUAUCAAGGCACUAUACACUGGGGAAAUAUUUCGGUGGUCAAAGCAAACCAUCACAACUGCAGGAUUAUGCAACAAAUUCUCACUCCCCAUAUCAUGUCCGAGGUCCAAUAAAUCAAGUAUAUUCUGAAAUCCUUCUCAGCAGGCUCUGUGCAAGUAAGAGGGAGCUUGUCAGCACAUAGUCUCUCUUGGAUAUAGUGCUGGUACUAGAGAAAUACCACUACGGGAGUGACAAUUGAAGGAUGAUUGAGAAUUUUGACAUGCUUCCUUGACUGACUGAACAUACACACAGAGUUUGGGACAUGUGGUAUUUUUUCAAAAACAUUAUGAAAUUGAGAUAUGCCCUGGUGACUCUGUUGUGUCAAAAUGGAAGGUGGAGAGAAGAGAGGAAGUUACUUGAACUGUUGCCAAAGACUAGAACAGCUGUAGCUCAAGCAACUGUGUAUUUAUGAUAGUAAAGAGAGAGAAAUAUAUUUACUUGAACAUUUGGAAAGGACUGCUUCAGUUCUUCAGCACUAUAUAGUUUUCUAUUUAUAGAGACACUGUAAUAUUUGAAUGUAUUUAGAAACUGACUACAUUCCAUUUUAAAGAGUUUUAUUUUAUAUGGAUAGAUUCCCCCUGAAUAUCAAACCUUUUCUCGUUAUACACUUGGUUUAUACAACUGAAAAUGUCUAUUAGCAUUUUACUGAUGAUGCCAAGUUUGAACUCUAGUGUUUUUAGUGAAAACACACCUCUUCUUUAUAUCUUAGAUGGAAGAGAUAUCUAUCUAUUUUUUUGCAUGUUCUAAAGCUAAUAGAUAGAUUCCUUACACUUGAGAAUGAGUUUCAAUGUAACAUGUAAAUAUAGCGAAUUUGUUAACAUAACUUUAUUUAUGGUUGCAGUUUAGGAGAGUGCCCAUAUGCAAGAAGAACACUUAGAUAAGUGCUUCAGUGUCUACCUUGGCCUGUGAGCCAAGCAAGUAUUCUUCCCACAUGGAAGUGCUGCUUCUUUCAUGAUUUUCAUAAAAUACUUGCCCAUGUGUGAAGCCAAUACCACAAACAUAAGAAAAAUCCCCUUUUCAAGCACACAUAAAAACUUCAGGAUCUGGUUAUUAAUAGGUCAUGAGGAGCGUGCGAUGCAAUGGCAGCAGGAGAUUUACUGCCAGCAUCCCAUGCUUGGCAGGGACAAGACCUUUUGUGAAUGCUAGUUUCAGUUCAGACCUUCUCUGAACUGCAGCUUCAUGCUGGAGCCCAGAUAUAUCAGCAAUGUUUGCAGACCUUCUGUGAGGGAAACCCCAGGGAGACGCUGUCUGCUGGUCCCCUGCCAUGAGUGUUGGCAGCCCACUCAUUCACAGUUAUGGUGCCAUGAUGGGAAACCAAGCACAGUCCAGGUUUAACAGCUGAGUGACAGGUUAAUGGCAACCUAUAAGACUGUUGUCCCUACAAAUUAUCCAGUUAUGUAUUUUCAUUAAUCCAGUCAUGCAGCAGGCAAUUAAGGCACUGCUCUCUCCCACUAUCGUUACAGAAAGGAGUCUGAACCAGGUAAGUGCAGGUCUAAGAAAAGAUCUACUGAGUCUGUGUCAUGCUUUCCCUUCACAGUUUUACAUAUAAUCCUCCAUUAGCUUCUAAUUUGGGAAAGGAAGCCUCAAAGCAUGUCACAGAAUAAACAAAUUAUAGCAAGGAAUCAUCAUCUUAUUUACCUUAGUAGUGCUAGUAGAAGUAGGGCUAACAGUUCAUGACACAACAUUUGGGGUUUGCCAAAGAUCCUUAAACUCAACAAUCUGUAUGCCCAGCUAUAGUUUUAUGAAUUCAUGCUCCUUUAGGUGAGAUAUGUAGGGAUGCAAUGAGAAAUUGUUAUGCAGUAUGGAGUUUGGCUUCCUAGGUAAUAGAAAUAUCCUCAAAAAGAGGAUCUGGCACAUCUAGUUUAGGAGACCUUCCACUAUGCUGAAAAAGCUCCUAACUUAGACAAUUACUCACAUUUUGUGAGAUGGUGUGAUUAUCUCUGUUUCUGUAUAAUAUGCUGCUGAUUGCUUACAGUAAAUGUCUCCAAAUUUCUGUGUAAGGUUUUCCCUGGUGUGGAGCUUCGCUUGAAAGAUGGGUCAGGAGCUGUGCAUAAAUACAGAAAAAACAGCAUUUGUUUUUUGAGCAAUAUGAUUAUCUAAAGAAUAUUGUAUGCAAAUGAUAUAAUAUAUUCUCUUGGGUCUGGAAUUCCAGAGAUUCACAGCCUUAAAGCUGAAAGAUAUAAUAUCAUGUCAUUAUUAAUAGGCGAUGCAAAAUACAGCCAGAUGUCUUCAGUAUUAAGAUGAUCAAUAAUAGGUGUAUUACAAUUCUGCUUCUGUUAAUAUAUGGAGGUUUUUUGGUAGCUCAUUUAAAUCCACAUGCUGUUACUGCUAUUGUUCUGUACACAAAUGUCUUUAAGGUAUGAACUGGGUUUUUAUGUUUGGGUUUUUUUAACCAAAGCCUAUUGAUGAAAAGGAAAGAGCUGACUUUGUUAUACUGUAGCUGAUAUCAGUGAAUGUGCAAUUCAUGAGUUCUAGUUUCACCACAAAAUGGUUUACAUGUGCUGUACACCCAGAUGUCUUAAUGUUUUCCAAAUCCUAAUAUUUUUCAAGUGUUUUAAGUGGAUAUUUUCCUGUGUUUCCUAUUUCUUACAUGUCUAUGUAGAUAUAUAUUUGUCUGUACAGAGUCAUUGGUACAAUAUGCAAAUUGAUCUUUAUUUAAAUGAGUUCUUUGAAUAAGCUUUUUUGAACAUUAUAUAUGAUCCAUGUAGUCUUAGGAAUAAACAAAGGAAAUGCAGACUAAAACAGGUACCAAGCUACAUUUUCAUUACGUAACUUUAAAAUAUAUCUAGCAUCUCUAGGUAUGUGAAAGAUGAGAGCUGAGAUUGACAUGCAAGGAUCACUUGCUCAUACACAUUAAAAUUUAUGGAUUAAGACAAUAAAAGAAUCACUAUGUUUGUA